AUGGCUCAGUUAGCCCCGUUGCCUGAAGUGGAGAGGCUCAGUGCCUCGGUGGUGCGGAUACUUGGGGGAAAUCCUGGCAAGUUUACAUUACAAGGAACAAAUACUUAUUUAGUUGGCCAGGGGCCUCGGCGCAUCCUUAUUGACACCGGUGAGGGUAGGCAGUCAUGGGCAACACAUCUGAAGAAGGUGUUGUCAGACGAGAAUGCGACGGUUCACGAAGCUCUUGUGACGCAUUGGCACCAUGAUCAUGUUGGCGGCAUUCCGGAUUUACUGAAACUAUGUCCCGAGGUGACAAUUUACAAGCACCAGCCCGAGAAUGGGCAGGUAGAUAUUGCGGAUGGACAGAUAUUCAAGGUUGAGGGGGCAACACUGAGAGCGGCCCAUACGCCGGGACAUACAGUGGACCAUAUGAUGCUUCUGCUUGAGGAGGAGGAUGCUAUUUUCACGGGUGAUAAUGUUUUGGGGCAUGGGACAGCGGUUUUUGAGGACCUGAAGGCCUACCUUGGCAGCUUACGACGAAUGCAAAAUCGUGUGUCGGGUCGAGGAUACCCCGGUCAUGGGCCAGUGGUGGAGAGCGCCACCGCAAAGAUAACAGAGUAUAUACGGCACCGACAAGAACGCGAAGACCAGAUAAUCCGAGUGCUUCGCUACGGGAAACUCGAUGUUGGGGAACAGGAGCGCUCACCUGAACGAAAGUUGGCAUGGACGCCGAUUGAGGUAGUGAAGAUCAUCUACCGCGAUGUCCCAGAGAGCCUCCAUCUCCCCGCUGCCAACGGUGUCAUCCAGGUGUUGGACAAGUUGGAGGCCGAAGGGAGGGUGAUACACGAUACAGACUCAGGCCGAUGGACCCUGAACGCUGGGAAGUCAGCCCUAUGA